ACAUGGUGCUUCUAGUAACCGAAAGAAUAGGAAGAGAUCUUCAACACCAAGGCGAAGGACACAAAAGUAAAGAAUAUCUCCUUGUAAUCUUCGGCAAUCCACAAUCCAGGAAGGCACAAAUUUCUUAAUUCCAACACACUUUAAAAGGUGCCUUGGCUUUCUGUCCCUUUCACUUUCAAGCUAUCUUGUCAUAACUCAUCUCUCUCUCUCUCUCUCUCUUCUUUUCUUCAUCAAGAGAUGGGGAGCAGCCAACAUGGAGAGAUUGAGCUUGGAGGUGGAAGAUCAUCAGGUACUGGAAGUUCAAGGAAAGGAAAGAAAAGCGGUAUGGAGAGGCCAAAGCAACCGCAGAGAGGUCUUGGUGUGGCUCAGCUUGAAAAGAUCAGAAUUCAAAGCCAGUUGAUGUCUAGUUACAGUCAACAAUCAGUUUAUCCUUGUUUUCCCAGUAAUCUGGCCAUGGUGGGAUAUGGAGAGAGCAGAAAUGAAGAUAUUAGCUUUGCUGACACUCAGUUCAAUCUUUCACCAAGGUUUUAUGCAAAUAAUAGAAGCAGCAGUGUAUCACAGGCAAAUCAUUUUGGACCAGUUACUUUACCACUCAUGGAGGAUCUUGUGCAGAAGAGAAUCAGGCAUGACAGAAGCUAUUCCACUGGAUCAAACAGCCAAGUAUCAGAUUCCAGCAACUCGCAAGAGCUCGAUUUGGAGCUGAAGUUAUCAAUUUAAGGGUGGGGAAGCAAAGAUUCAUUAAUUUUGAUGAAUUUGUUACUUGAUUGAAAAUUUGAGUACAGUUAUAUUGUACAUCAAGCAUGGUAUUUCAAAUGCCCAUUAUGAUGACACUGUGGAAGAGAUUUUAUAAAGGAAUAAGGUUUGUUUGGGACAGCUUU